AUGAAAGUCGACACCGCCCUGCUACUCGCCGCAGCCUUGGUAGCUUCACCAGUAUCUGCCAUUGCGAGAAACGUCAUCUUCAAUACAAACAUCUUCCACAACUACUUCUCCGACCUCCUCACCAACUACCUCGUCAGCAACUUCAUCGACUACCUCUUCAACAACCUCGUCCAUCGUCACUUACAACCCCUCCACCACUUCAUCUUCUUCCGAUGCGACACCUCCCUCGCAAACUUCUUCGACGUCGCCCCCAGUGUCGCGCUCUACCAAGAGCCAUCCCACGACAAGACGGAAAACGACCGAGAAGACGGCUCCUCACAAACCGCUGUCCACGCCGGGCUCGCCAACCAACGUCACGUCGACAGCAGGCUCCAAUUCAACUGCAACGCCUACCAGAAUCAACACUGGCAAAAAUUCAACAUCCAACACAAACGGGACUUCGGACAUGCCGCCACCUCCGCCCAAUCUACCUUCUGGCUACACACUCACCAGACUUCCCUGUAA